UUUUUCUAUUAUCUCUCUCUUCUCUAUAAAACCACCUUUUUUUUUCCUUCUCAGCCACUCACUACCCAUUGAAGAGAGAAGAAAGCUAAAAACUUUAACGUUUUCUAGAGAGAGAGAUGGAAGGGAAAGAAGAGGAUGUUCGAGUGGGAGCGAACAAGUUCCCAGAGAGGCAACCCAUUGGGACAUCGGCUCAGACGGACAAAGACUACAAGGAGCCACCACCAGCUCCACUGUUCGAGCCAGGCGAGCUGAGUUCAUGGUCCUUCUACAGAGCCGGAAUCGCCGAGUUCAUAGCCACAUUCCUGUUUCUAUACAUAACAGUAUUGACAGUGAUGGGAGUGAAGAGAGCACCAAACAUGUGUGCCUCUGUUGGAAUCCAAGGCAUUGCUUGGGCUUUUGGUGGCAUGAUCUUUGCCCUUGUCUACUGUACUGCUGGAAUCUCUGGUGGGCACAUCAACCCAGCGGUGACAUUUGGUCUGUUCUUGGCUCGUAAGCUGUCAUUGACGAGAGCUGUCUUCUACAUCGUGAUGCAAUGUCUCGGAGCCAUCUGCGGCGCCGGAGUUGUCAAAGGCUUCCAGCCAAAUCCUUACCAAACUCUCGGCGGAGGAGCCAACACAGUCGCUCACGGCUACACUAAGGGCUCUGGUUUGGGCGCUGAGAUCAUCGGAACCUUCGUCCUUGUCUACACGGUCUUCUCCGCCACUGACGCCAAGAGAAGCGCUCGUGACUCCCACGUUCCGAUUUUGGCUCCACUCCCAAUCGGAUUCGCUGUGUUCUUGGUUCACUUGGCGACGAUUCCGAUAACCGGAACCGGAAUUAACCCAGCAAGGAGUCUUGGAGCUGCAAUCAUCUACAACAAGGACCACGCUUGGGAUGACCACUGGAUAUUCUGGGUGGGACCAUUCAUUGGAGCAGCUCUUGCAGCUCUUUACCACCAACUUGUCAUCAGAGCCAUUCCAUUCAAGUCCAGAACCUGAUUGUUUGUUGCUUUAUUAUCUAUCUUGGUUUGUAUCGUCGUGCUUGAAAAUAUUUGAGAGAUGUGGUCAUGUGGUUAAUGGAUUUGUCUAGUAUUUCUUAUUUGCUGUGGUUUAAUCGUUUUGGUGUAUGAUGAUGAUGAUAUAUAUUUGGUACGCUUUUAAUCGUUUUAAUUUUGA